GUCCUCGUGACCUCUCCUGCUUCAUUCAGAUGCCAUUAAAUUGCCUCACUGCCACCCUAUAAAAAGCCUUCCCAACAGCCGACUCCUUAGAUCCCUGGCUUCUUCCUGUCUUGCUUCUGUCAGCGAAGAGGAAUUUGCAAAGCCACAGGAAGAUGUGUGACCAGCAGAAGCAGCCACAGUUCCCCCCAUCUUGCGUGAAAGGUUCCGGAUUGGGAGCUAUGCAGAGUACCAAAGGUACCUCUGUGAAGUGCCCAGCUCCAUCCCAGACUCAAACCUGCGUGAAAUGCCCAGCUCCGUGCCCAACUCAGACCUAUGUGAAAUGUGUAACUCCUUGCCAGACUCAAACCUACGUGAAAUGCCCAGCUCCGUGCCCGACUCAGACCUAUGUGAAAUGUGUAACUCCUUGCAAGACUCAAACCUACGUGAAAUGCCCAGCUCCAUGCCCGACUCAGACCUAUGUGAAAUGUGUAACUCCUUGCCAGACUCAAACCUAUGUGAAAUGCCCAGCUCCGUGCCCGACUCAAACCUAUGUGAAAUACCAAGUGCCAUGCCAGACUCAAACUUAUGUGAAGUACGCAGCUCCAACCCAGACAUAUGUGAAGUGCCCAGCCCCCUGCCAGACCCAGACCUGCUCUGUCCAGGGCCCUUCUUUUGGCCAGACCUACUAUGUUCAGUCUUCUGCAAAUGGCUCGGCCACAUCGUGCUGCACCCCUGAUCCAUGCUCUGCUCCCUGUUCCACCAGCUACUGCUGUCUGGCUCCCAGGACCUUUGGGGUGAGUCCCCUGAGACGCUGGAUCCAACGGCCCCAGGAAUGCAACUCAGGAUCAUCUGGCUGCUGUGAAGAUUCCGGGUGCUGUAGCUCCGGGUGCUGUGGCUCCGGGUGCUGUGAUUCUGGGUGCUGCUGUUUGGGAAUUAUCCCCAUGAGGUCCCGAGGUCCUGCAUGCUGUGAUCAUGAGGAUGAUUGCUGCUGCUAAAUACAGAAUGGCCCUGCUCUACCUUCUGGAACCUUCACCAGCUUCUGUCCCCCUCCCCAUAUUCCCGGUGGUGUAGAAUCUCACUGCUCCACAGUGCACUGUGCUUCUCUAUCAAGGCAGCCUGCCAGAGUUAAUGCACCCUCCCAAAC